AUGGAUUCCCAGUCAGAGCCAGCCGGCGCCACAGGGACUGCUCAGCAUAUCGUUAAAGCUGACGAGGUGGAUCAGACGGGAACGGAUAUCUCACCGAUUCCAGACGACCAAUUGAUGGAGGAAGUGGCAGAGGAGUUGCGACAGGAACAGUCUUCUCCGAUUCCCGUGGCAGAACCUGAAAGCACUGAGCCUCAACAAAACACAAAACGCCCCGACCUACGACGAGACACUGCGGCGCCCCCUCCUCCUUUACAGCCUCCUCCACCUGCCCCGGUGCAGCAGCAGAAUAUGGAUCGUCCAGCUGAUUCGCUUAGUCUGGCUCAGCUCCGACGACUAGUACAAGAGAUGCCAAAGAUUGAGCAGCCGGCGUAUGCAUUUGAAUAUGCUGAUUCGCAAUCCUUCUCCGAUGAAAUCGACGAAUGGUUCCAAUACAAUGAGUUCGAUCGGGUCAUGUUGACCGGCGCAAAACAAACAUUUGAUCGACAGUGGAGGUUGUUCUGUCAGUCCCAGGAUUUGAACCUAUCAGAGCAGCCUUGGGUCGCGAGCCCUGAGUGUCUCCGCCGUACCUUUGUAUCUCAGUCUCUCCAAAGAAUACAGGAUUCCGAUAUUUCAGUACGAUUGGAGGCAUUGGAAAAUGUCUGUUACGCGGUCUCUGGAGUUUGGGGCACUACUGGAGGACAAGCUACACCGGAUUACCCCGAGAAUCCUGAUCCAAAAACAAGUACCGAAACUCCUCGGUCGAAAUCAUUGCAGAUCGAAUGGAUCGAAAGAAAUGUCAUGUUGGUCCAAGAAUGCUCGGGUAUCCCUAUUUUGAUCAAGAAGCUGUCACAACUUUUUGACCGCAGUCGAUCCCCUUUAAGUUCCGACUCUGAAGGCUCUGGGUUUGACAGAUCCAGUCCAGGGGAAAUUCCAGCUCCGGAACGAGAAGCGAAUUUAGUUCUCACCAUUCUUUACUUUACCAUUGAGGUUGGCCGCAGGCAAGAAGCUCGAGAUACCCCAAGCACACUCAUUAGGGACGCAUUAUCAGAAUCCAGCCCGUCCUUACUGGUCACCAUUGUUGAGAUUAUUGCACGUCUGCGCUGGGAUGAGACAGCUAACAUUCCUCUGACUCGGAUUAUUCUUCUUUUGUGGAAAUCCUUGCUCCUCGUUUUCGGUGGGACCGAUCAGCUUAAGAGAGCCAAAGAAGUCCUGGAGCCACCCUCAGUUUACGAAGAAGACUAUGUCAAUCGCCGAGGCCCAUUUCUGCAUGCAUCGCCUUUGGAUUAUCAUUUGUUCCGGCAAGAGAUCACAUCCAAAUACCCUGCCUACAACCCGCCACGUCCCAUCGUUCCGCUGGAACUCGAUAACAACACCAUUUUACCCCCAAUCCCGCAACACCCUAGCAGGGCAAACUCAUCCAGCGGCUUGUUCUGUGGUGUCGGUCCGUCGAUCUCUGGAGCAAAUGGCUCUAUUCUCCAGCAAGCUGUACAUAUCGCGACCCCAGCUCCCUCCCCACCUCCUUCACCUAUUGGCCCCGGCGGUAAAGCCGAAUUUCCCGCUCAUGUAUCCACCUUGGACGACUCUAGCAACGGUAUUGGUGGCAAGGGCACCACUGAACGCCAGGAUGCUUUGGUGAGUAAGCGUUGGGAAGGAAGCGAUGUACCCGCAUCCAUUAUCGAGGCCGGUCAGCUGUUCUCCACCCAUGUUAAAAUGACAAGAGCCAUGCAGCAGCUGUGGGACGAGCGUGAGAACUUUAUGAAGUACGACCGCGGGUGGAACUUCGAGAACGGCCACAGAGUACCCAACUUCACCGCAAUUGACGAUUUGAGCCUUGAAUUGGACGACUUGAAUCUUUCGGCGGGCUCGGAACCAUCACAGUCUAAGGAACCAUCGAAGGAAACUGAUGACGUCGAUAUUCAGCGGCGCCUGGAUGCCGUCGAAGCAUUUUAUUGCAAAACCUUAUCACACCUUCAAUCGAUAACCAUUGUUUUCCUAAAGAUCAUUCUGACCAAUGUCAGCGCGGUGGUGAGCCAAGGGGGCUCCCAAAGCCAGAGCACGGGCCAUGGAAAUGGCUCCAACGAUAUCUUUUCAGACAUAUCAAUUGAGGAGCUCGACAACAUUCGACUCCGAGAGAUCACUUCUAAGGCGGUUUCUGGAACCUUGCUUCUUCUUGUGAAAUGGUUCAAACGUUCGCACAUUCUAAAGUUUGAGUAUAUGACUCAGCUCUUGCUCGACUCCAAUUACCUCCCUCUCAUCUUGAAGAUGUUCGCCCACCAAGACGUUGACCAAGCUGUAGCCCAACGAAACGACCGUGAUGACUUGUCUUUUUUCAAUUUCUGUCGCGAACACUGCGCCAGUACAUCAGACCAUGCGGACGGCGGCGACACCGAAAGCGAAGACGAGGCCGCGCCACCGCCAAUUUCUCGAACCCGACCAGCUUUCCACACCACGGACUCCGUUCGCUUUCACCCUACAGGAGAAUGCAUGCCGGACAUUGUAGACGGCCCGACCCGGCCUGAAGUAGAUGAGCUGGGCUACCCAACCGCACCUCUCCCCAAGGAGCCCAUAACCGUAUUCUCCUUCCGCAAUUUUUUCUCUGCAAUCAACUACCUCCACAUUAUGCAAAAGAUCACUCGCGAUAAGGCACACCGCGCCCUCUUGCUUGUACAAUACAAGUCCAGUGCAAUCUUACGCAAGGGCCUCAAGAUUCCAGAUCCGCACUUGCGCUUCUACACCCUGAAACUCUUCAAAUCGCAAGUGCCAUUUUGCAGCCGCAAAUGGCGUCAAGGUAACAUGCGAGUGAUCACGGCUAUUUAUCUGUACUGCCGCCCCGAACUCCGUGACGACUGGCUCGCCGGUGCAGAUAUCGAUGGCGAGAUUGACGAGGCGCUGCCAUUGGAACAGGCUUUACGGGGUUUGACUCACUGGUGGCAUCUUCGGAAGUAUAAGGACAUCAUGGGUGGCCCAGAGGGCACAUCGAUGAUGGAGGAAGAGCGUGACUUUUUUGUCAGGGAGUUAGAGUCAAUGGGAUGGGGCUUUGCAGAGGAUCUGGUUGAGGAUUCAGACAUUGGCAAUCAAAUGGUCAAUGGGACAGAGUGGGAUGGAAGCCUUCAGAUGGAGAGCUGGGGCUGA